AUGUUACGACAGGCACAGCUAGGUCUGCCAUACCCCCUUUUUCCCGUUCGUGUACGCAUUAAGGUUCCUGCUAUUCAGCAGAAAAGAACUGUAGCAUUUCUAAACCAGUUUGUGGUUCACACAGUGCAGUUUCUCAACCGCUUUUCUACUGUUUGUGAAGAGAAAUUGUCAGCGCUCUCUCUUCGUAUCCAACAAAUUGAAACAACACUCAAUAUUUUGGAUGCAAAGUUAUCCUCUAUUCCUGGCCUAGAAGAUGUCAAAUUUGAAGCAUCCAGUGCAAAUAUGAAUAGUGUCACAAAUGGUCCUGUGGCACAAGCUACUGCGGGUCAACAGACAGCUGUGUCACCUCAGUCUGGACAGAACAAUAUACAUGAAGAAGGGUUACCGAAAACGGAGGUCGUAACAGAAAAUGUCAGAACUGUGGCCAAGGAUCCUAGAUAUGCCAGAUAUCUCAAAAUGGUUCAAGUGGGUGUUCCUGUAAUGGCAAUACGAAACAAAAUGAUUUCUGAAGGGCUAAAUCCAGAUCUUCUUGAGACCCCAGAUGCCCCUGUGCCUGCCUGGGGAGAUGAUGGGAAUGCAGAAGACAGUUCUGAUAGUGAAUCUUCAUUUAGUGACUGAAGAGACUGAUUUUGGCCUUUGGAAACCUCUGUUAAGUGCUAAUGCGUUUGCAGCUUUAGCAGACAAUGGGUUUGCGUGGGUCACGUGGGUGACAUGGUUUAUCUGACAGCAUUUUUAAGAACUAAGAUCCUCCGUGUUCUCUCCCAGAAAGUUUGAACAGGCAGCGUGUUUCAACCUGAACCUUUCCACCAUGAAAAUUAGUCGUGAGAUCCUUGAAGUUUUUAUGCUGCAUCAUUUCAGAUUCCUUUCUCAUUCUUCUGAAAUUGCUUUGAAAAACUCUAAAAAUUCUGCACCUCUAAACCUCCAGGUCUCUUAGACUGCUUUCUGGUCAUUAUUGGAUUUUUCUAUUUUUUAUUUUUCUUUUAACCUAAGUUGCCUUCUUUCUGUCCCAUAACAUACAGGUAAAGUAACUUUUCAAAAUGAAGUUGUUUACCUGUAAUCUGAUGAACUAUAUUUUUUUUCUAAUACGCUAUGUUCUCAAGUGACGCAACAAGAAUGACACAGAAGUCAGCUAUCUUAUGGUGAUUGCAAAUUACUGACACUCUGCUCUGAAAGAAACUAAAAUACAAGUGAAAAAUACGUUAAAAACCAAUCUGAAUCUGUUUUCAAAGCUAUGUACUGCUAUUUGAUUUCAUGUUAGGGUCUGUACAAAGUUGUUAAAGAAAUUCCUGCUCUGUGGAAGAGUUGAUUUAUCAAAUUCAGGUUACAGUGGUGUAGAAAGCUAAGAUUGGUUUGAAAGUGACACUGUGAAAGAAGCAAGUGCCUGGGAGAUUAUUAAGGAAUACCGGAUUCUCACUGCUUGUUCACGGUCACGUGGGUCAGUAGAAACCACUUGCUGACUGCUGUUGGGCUUAUUCGAAAGGAGCUGUGGCCCAGCAGUUUGCAUAGGAUAAGAAAUCACCUCCAAGUUGGUGCUGUUGCUGAUAGUUUCAGCAAAGAAACCGAAAUUCAGUUUGUAUAAUGAUAAAGCCACCUUGCGACCUCUUGAGGUAGAAAGAAAUCUACUUGGAGUCUGACUGGCCCUGAAGACUUCUCUCCGAAGUACUUAAUCUACUCCAUGAGUCAGAAAUGACAUUUCAUUAAAGAAUCUUCUUUAAUAUAAUUUGUUCCACAUGAAAUUCUUCGCAAUCUAUUUGAAUUCCCCAGAUUAUUGUGAUUAUACCAGAAUGCUGUGGGCCAGGCAAUCAUACACUUUCUGGUAUUUUACAUUCUUCCUGAGACCAAGAAAAAGACUAAAACUGAAGCUCUAAGUGUAUAAAUUUGUUAGCUUUUAUGACCGAGUCAUUAUCUUCUCUCUUAGUUAUUUAUGCCACUUCAGUAGGGUUAGCUGCUUUUUUUCCUGUAACUUAAGCAUGGCUCCCCCCAGAGUCUAGCAAACAUACUUAAGCUCUUCAUAACCCAUAAACCAGAAUAAUGCCUGAAUCCCUACGAAAGCAUAUAUGCACUAGAGAAUGUCUAGAGAUGGCAUUUCAGUAAUGAGUUAAUUGUUAUUGGACACUUAAACAAAAAUACUCAAUAGUUAACACUUGGUAAAACUUGACAAAUACUAACAUAUUAGCAAUAAGUAUUUCAAAAGUAAAUGUCACGAUGUUAUUGCAGAAAGCAUAUGUUAAAGCACUGGUGACUUUUUGAAAUCUAUAUUUGAAAACGCAUUGAGGCAAUCUGUAUAAUUAAAGCUAUGUUUUGUAAACCAAAGUUGUUCUAUUUUACUCUCAUGUGUUGUUUUAAACAAGAUAAUGAAAAUUCUUCUGAAGUCUCUGCAAUUCAUGUUUCUCCAAGAGUUAGCUAUGCUGAAGUUGCAUCGAUCUGCGAGCUGAAGGGGAGAGUUUUGAAAACAGCGGAUUGGAGUUUAACCUAAGCAAUAUUAGCCCUCUGGCUAGAGGAGAACUGCACAUCCCAUAGCUGCUAUUCUAACAAGAAAAUUGGAGGAAGACUGCAAUUAAUUUGGACUGUAUCUUUGAUACUCUUGAACUGAUAUUAAACUGCGUGGGGAAGUAGCGUGAUUUAAAGAAUUAACUUGAGAUAGAGUAGUUAAUUAUUUUUAUAAAGAAAUAAACAAGGUUACUAAAACACAUUUAAGGAGGUAGGACUCCUAUUGUUUAUCAUUUUGAAGAAGGUUUUUGCGUAAUUUUAGUCUGAAAAACCUAAAAUCAAUUGUCUUUUAUACCACUAUGGAUGUAUUUUUACGUGGAAUGAAAAAGAAAGCCUUUAGCCUACUGUCGCUUGUUAAAAUGAGGGACGAUUAAUUGGUAAUUACAUAUGUCACAGAAUAACAAUUUCAUUAGGAGACAUGCUGAAUUUAAUUGCUUAAGACUUAGUUGGGUUUUUUUCAGGGUAGCUCUUUACUUUGGAAUAGUGCAGUCUUGGUAGGCUUGCAGAACCGUUCAGAAAAAACCUUGCCACUUCGUCUCCACUUCCACUUGAGUGGUGGCUCCGCUGCACAGUAAAGUAUCCAAGUGCUUGAACUGUGAGGAACCAGGGAGACAAAGAUAAAAACUUCCCUUUUUACCUUCAGCAGCCAUAAUGCUUCCACUGCCUUCGGAACCUCUGACCGCAUUAAGCUCCGCUGUUCCUGCCAGUCUCAUCUGCUAAACACAUCCCUGUACUCUUGAGGCUGCAGCCAAGUUCAAUCUGAGAUGUUUCAGCUUAGGACACAUGCUGACACAAGAAGCUAUUAAGUAUGGGAAGGUUGGUUUGAGACUGAAUUAUGUCAGCUGUGCUAGUCCUCCUUGAUCUACAGCAGUUUUGUAGCAAGAUGGUGCUAGCCCAGAAAGUUGGAAAGUCCUUAACCGCAAGCUAAAUACUAUAAGCAGACAAUAUUCCAACUUGCUCAUUAUUUGCCAUCUGUUUUGGCAUAGCAGAUGGAGGGAGUAUUUCAACUUGGCUGCGCAGUAAUCAGAUAUACGUAGUACU